GUUCAGUCGUGUGCCCUUCGACCACCUCCUCACGCUGCACGUUCAAGCUCCCGUUCCGUCUACACGGCUAUUCAUUAGCAACAGCCAUUUCAUUACAUCUGGAUACUCAUCAUUCAUGCUAUUCAUGCCAAUCAUCUAUUAUGUGUUGUAUGUUGUAUCAUGCUGAAUAUGUCAUGUUUUAUCAGGUAAUGGUAUUCUAAAAGUAUUCUUUCAGCCCAGGUUGAAUUUUUAAGGCUGCCACAGAUAGUACGGAAUGAGCUUGGACCCAAUGCAACAACAGCUUCAUGGAGCCCCAAGACCCAUGCCGCAAAAGCUACACAGAGCUACAGGACCCACGCAACGACAGCUUCGCUGAGCCUCAAGAACCAUGCAGCAACAACUACUCUGAGCCCCAAGACCCAUGCAACGACGGCUUCGCUGAGCUCCAAGAACCACGCAGCAACUGCUCUGCUGAGCUCCUGCAACCCUGCAACAACAGCUUCAGGGAGACCCAUGCAGCAACUGCUCCGCUGAGCUCCUGCUACCCUGCUACAACGGCUCCGCUGAGCCCCAAGACCCAUGCAGCAAAAGCUACACCGAGCUCCAGGACCCACGCAACGACUGCUUCGCUGAAGCCCCAAGAACCACGCAGCAACAACUACGUCGAGCUCCAGGACCCAUGCAACGAUGGCUUCACUGAGCCCCAAGACCCAUGCAACGAUGGCUUCACUGAGCCCCAAGACCCAUGCAACGACGGCUUCACUGAGCCCCAAGACCCAUGCAACGACGGCUUCGCUCAGCCCCAAGAACCAUGCAGCAACAACUACGCUGAGCCCCAAGACCCAUGCAAUGACUGCUUUGCUGAAGCCCCAAGAACCACGCAGCAACUACUACAUUGAGCUCCAGGACCCAUGCAACAGCAGCUACGCUGAGCCCCAAGACCCAUGCAACGACUGCUUUGCUCAGCCCCAAGAGUCAUGCAGCAACUACUACGCCGAGCUCCCGGUCCCAUGCAACGUCGGCUCCACCAACCCCCGAGAACCAUGCAACAGGUUCAGGACCUAUCUAAUGACUGCUCCGCUGAGCCCCAAGACCAUGCAGCAACGUCUCGGCUGAACCCCAAGACCCUCGCGGCAGCAGCUCUGCUGAACCCUGACACCCAUCGUUCCCACGGUUAUGCAAUACACAAAUGUCCACCGCUGAGCAAGCGCAACGAAGAUCCACUCUUGCGUACUUGCCGCUUGCCUCGCUAUACUUUGCAAGGGGUUCAUGUCACAGCACUCUGAUUCACCCUCCAUCAUGUUUACCGACCUCCAUUGUGCUGCUGAGAUGUAGUGAGUCUACAUGCCCCUCGUCUCAUUUCAUUCCCGAUGGCAGAUCUUGAGAGUUAGACCAGGACACAAUUACGUUUACUACCAAUCAGACUAAACCGAUCAGUUCCGAAAAGGACACUCCAUAUUCGUAUUCAACUCUGCCUCAGAUCCUCAGCUUUCGUACCCAUCACACUACAUCUCAUAUCGGUCAGCUCAAGCAUCGCCUACU